AUGGCCGGCCGAGGCGGCGGGGCGUUCGUGCUCGUCGCGCUGUGCAUGCUCGAGCUCGCGCUGCAUGUCGCCAGCGCCGCCCCUGCCCCCGCCCCCGCCCCCACGCCGGAGGGGCUCGUGCCGGCCAUGUUCGUGUUCGGUGACUCGACGGUGGACGUCGGCAACAACAACAAGCUGCGGGGCUGCAAGCCCGAGUGCAGGGCCAACUACCCGCAGUACGGCGUCGACUACCCCUCCCGCGCGCCCACCGGCCGCUUCAGCAAUGGCAAAAACCUCGCUGACUUCAUAGCUGUCUUCCUGGGAUUCGACGAGAGCCCACCUGCUUACCGUUCCCUCCCGGCUAAUGGCAUCGUUCCACAGAUGAAAAGCGGCGUCAACUUCGCAUCAGGAGGGUCAGGCCUACAGACGAACACGGGCCAACUCCCUUGUGGGCGAUCAGUGUACAGCAUGACCGACCAGCUCGAGAAGUUCACGUCAGCCGUCCAGAUGAUGGGGGAGGACUCGGACGACCUCAUCUCCAGAUCGCUCUUCUUCAUCAGCGUCGGCAGCAACGAUCUGUUCGAGUAUGCCUAUCCCUGGCCGACGCCCCGGAACCGCAACGACACAGCCUUCCUGGGAUGCCUCGUCGACCAUUACAGGACCUACCUGCAGGAGCUGUAUGCGGUCGGGGCAAGGAAGUUCAGCGUCGUCAGCCCGUCGCUGGUAGGGUGCUGCCCGUCGCAGAGGGCGGUCGCGCUGACACAUAACAAUGACACCGACGAGUUCAACUGCUUCGGCGCGGCGAACAGGCUCUCCAGGUAUCUGUACCCAUUGAUAGACUCGAUGCUGCAGGGCCUCAACGCUGAUCUGGACGGCAUGAACUACUCCCUCUGCGACUCCGUAGGGAUGGCCGAAAUGGUCUUCGCCAGCGGCGGAAAAGCCGUCAACAUGACGGUGGUGGACACGGCGUGCUGCGCCGGCAGAGGACGGUUCGGGGAGGGCCAGUGCAACACCUCCGCCACGCUCUGUCCGAACCGCGACGACUUCAUGUUCUGGGACGGCUUCCAUCCGACGGAGGCGGCAUCGCUCGCGGCCGCGCUCGAGCUCUUCGGCGACACCGGCAAAUACCUCCACCCGAUGAACGUGAGGCAGCUGGCGGCGCUGUAA